UCGAAUCAGAAAGCCAUGUUGCAUUGUACUUCUCUUCGGAAAAAAAUAAAAUAAAUUCUUUAACGCUAUAUGGAUUUCUAAGCAAAAUUGAAUUCUUAAAUUUUUAUUCCGUUUUAUGAUUCGCAGCAUUCAACAAAAAUUUCUGGUGCGUUUGACAGCUACCGCAACCUUACAUACAUCGUCAACGACAGCAGUGGCAACAGCAGCAAAAGUAACAAAAGCAACAAAAGCAGCAGUUUGUAAUCGAACAUCAAUCAUGGCGGGUGUUGUUGUUGAUAAAAAAUUUCCAGGUGAUUCGCUUGUGCCAAAACAUGAAACGGGUGUUAUUCAAUUUCUUAAAAAGUACCCCAACUACAAUGGCGAUGGUGUAACAAUUGCGAUUUUGGAUUCGGGUGUCGAUCCGAAAGCAAACGGACUUGAGAAAACACCCGAUGGAUCGGUGAAAGUGAUUGAACGCUUUGAUUGUUCUGGAUGCGGUGAUGUUGAUACAACCAAAAAAGUGUCACCCACACCGGAUGAUGAGAUUGUUGGUCUAUCCGGACGAACACUCAAGCUAUCUGAAUCCAUUAAAAAAGAGUUCAGCGGCAAUGAAUACCGAAUCGGUUUGAAAAGUCUACAUGAUUUGUAUCCGGCCAAAGUAAAUGAGAAAAUGAAUGCUGACGCAAAAUUCAAGACAUGGGAUGAAAAACAUAAGACUGCCAUCGCUGAGACAUCGAAACGUUCGAGCGACUUUGAAGCAGCCAAUGCUGGAAAUACAAAUCUAUCGCUGGCUGACAAACUGGUCAAAGAAGACAUUGAUGGUACUCUCGAAUGUCUACAGGCAUUUGAUAAGCAGUAUAUGGACGUUAAAACAUACUACGAUGUACUUUUGUAUGAGACAAAAACUGGUUGGCGGUGCUCAAUUGACGUAUCAUUGAACGGUGAUCUUGAAAAGGCAAUUUCAGUAGGUGAAUACUCGAAAACACAUGAAAUUAAAAGUAUCGACGAUUUUCUAUCGGUGUCUAUGAAUGUACAUGACGAUGGAAAUGUUUUGGAAAUUGUCGGAAUGUGCUCAUCACAUGGUACACAUGUUGCAUCGAUCGCUGCUGGCAAUCAUAAGACAUCUGAUUCGAAUGAAGAAUUGGACGGCGUUGCACCGGGUGCAAAAAUUGUGUCACUCACAAUUGGCGACGGGCGUUUAGGGUCCAUGGAAACAGGUACGGCCAUAGUUCGAGCCUUGAUGAAAAUCAUGGAACUAUGCAAUGCUGGUCGCCGCGUUCAUUUAAUCAAUAUGAGCUACGGUGAAUUUACUCAUUGGUCUACGAGUGGACGUAUCGGCGAGAUAAUGAAUGAGAUCGUAAACGACUAUGGUGUUGUCUGGGUUGCAUCAGCUGGAAAUCAUGGUCCUGCUUUGUGUACUAUUGGUACACCUCCAGAUAUAUCUCAGCCAGCAUGCAUUGGAGUGGGCGCCUAUGUUUCACCCGAAAUGAUGGAAGCCGAAUACUCACUUCGUGAAAAACUACCCGCCAAUGUAUACACAUGGACGAGUCGUGAUCCUUGCAUUGACGGUGGUGAAGGAGUGACCGUAUGUGCACCAGGAGCGGCCAUUGCAAGUGUUCCACAAUUUACACUCAACAAUCAACAACUAAUGAAUGGUAUUUACAUACAAAUCACAAUUCAAUUUUUGGUGAAA